UAUUGAGCUAGCACAGUGUUGCAGGAUACCUGUUCCCAGUGAAGAUCCAGAUAAGAUGGGUAACACAAAAACAACAAAGGAACCAGCCAGAAAAACUGAAACAACCACAACAAUUAAGACGCUUCUAAAAUCAGAUGGUGGUUUUGACACUCACCAGUCCCCGGCCCCCUUCCUUCCACUUAGUGUACAGUCUCAGGCUGCUGGACUUGGGUUGAAACCCUCCAUGCAUGGUGAGCUGAGGAUCGUCCUGUAUGGACAGAGUGGACAGGGUAAAAGUACUCUAGGAGGCAUCAUCCUGGGCAACAGAGAAAUAUUCACUUCUGAUAAGGACUCAAAGAAGUGCCGUAAGGAAAGAAAGACCAUCACGGGUCGAGACGUGGUUGUUGUUGACACUCCAGGUCUGUUUAAAGUAGAUGAUGAUGGAGAGGAAGUGGUGGAAGAGAUCAAGCGGUCCAUCAAACAUGCUGAACCUGGUCCUCAUGUCUUCCUGUUCGUGGAGAGGUUUAAAGAGAUCUCACAAGAGAAAUUAGACGCACUGAAGACUUUUCAGGACACGUUUGGUAAACAGGCAGUGGACUACACUAUAGUGGUGUUCACCACUAAAAGGAAGGAAAUCGACGCCGCUUUCAUGCAGGAAACACUGAAAUCCCUCAGAAGAUUAACCGAUCAGUUCCAGCAAAGAUACUUUGUUUUUAACAUUAGAGACGAACAACAAGGGUCUCAACUCGACGAGCUGCUGGGGAUUAUGAACAAGAUGACGGGAGAAAAAUGUCAACCUUUCUACACGUCUAAGAUGCUCCAGGAGGCUGAGGAAGCUCUGAAAACACGAAAGGAAACAAAACCAAAGCCAGAAGAAGAGUGGCGCUCUUUUUAUGACCGGUGUGGUUUGAUUGGAAUGGCUGUCGGCUGUGCAGCAGGGUAUUUUAUUUGUGGUGGCGAACUGACGCCUACAACAGGAGCUGGGGUUGGAGCUGUAGUUGGUAUGAUGCUGUUCGUGGGAAUAGCGUUUUUAGGCGUACUUGCUAAAAUUAAACUUCAGGCAUGAUGCAGAUAGAUUUCAGACGGCGUCAGUGAUUUUGUUGCUUACGCUGAUCUGACCAAAUCUAAAAUCUAGAAAAUCAUGAAGGGGAAAUCAUGGUGGUUGUAGGUUUAGUUAUUUUAGUUAAUGUUUUCAUGAUUUUUACGCUGCAAUAGGUGUAGCCUGCUGCGUGCUUCCCAUCACGCACUGACUGUUUCUUCCUUACUCACCAUGUGUUUAUACACCUCUGCAUUGGUUCUUAUUAAUCUCUGGCUCUCUUUCACAGCAUGUCCUUUAUCCUGUCUUCCUUCCUUCUUCCCCAACCAAUC